CACCCCCGUACGCAUCGCUGGGCAUUAGCCACAGUAGUUUUUCGGUGCAACGAGGACGCGUGUGAUUUAAAGGCUGAACAAUAUCACAGCACAGGAGCAAUUGUUAUGGGGGAUCUGAUUUCUAUGCGGAGUUUUUCUCUUUGAAGUCGGCAAUCUACAUACAUUUUAAAAAGUCAAUGAAGGAUACAGGAUCCAGUCAAAAGCUUUCACCGAAAUCCGGGAUGGAUCCUAACCAGAGCGUGAAGCGUAAAAUCGUGGUCGUUGGGGACAGUCAGUGUGGAAAAACUGCUCUUCUUCACGUCUUUGCGAAAGAUUGCUUUCCAGAGAAUUAUGUCCCAACGGUGUUCGAGAACUACACAGCCAGUUUCGAAAUCGACACGCAAAGAAUAGAACUCAGUCUCUGGGACACUUCAGGUUCACCAUACUAUGACAACGUGCGACCUCUCUCCUACCCGGACUCUGAUGCAGUCCUCAUCUGCUUUGACAUCAGCAGACCAGAGACCCUGGACAGUGUACUGAAGAAGUGGAGAGGAGAGAUCCAGGAGUUCUGUCCCAACACCAAGAUCCUGCUGGUGGGAUGCAAGUCAGAUCUCCGCACAGACCUCACCACACUGGUGGAACUAUCCAAUCACAGACAGACACCCGUGUCAUAUGAUCAGGGCUCUAACAUGGCCAAGCAGAUCAGUGCUCCGUACAUCGAGUGUUCGUCUCUGCAGUCUGAGAACAGCGUCAGGGACCUCUUCCACGUGGCCACGCUGGCCUGCGUCAACAAGGGCAACAAGAACGUCAAACGCAACAAGUCCUCCAGGAGCACCAAGAGGAUCUCACACAUGCCCACUAGGCCCGAACUAACCGCUGUCACGUCAGACCUUCGCAAAGACAAGGCCAAGAGCUGUACAGUCAUGUGAUUGCCUUAGACUAGGGCGACUGACUGUUAUGGACUGGCAGGAGCAGGUGGGUGGUGAGGACUGUGCAUAGAGCCCCUCCCCUCCUUCUAGACAUGCAUGCAAAGCAGUGAGAAGGCGGGUUAUCGCCGCACAUUAAAUCAGCCCCCCCCCAAAAAAAACUGUACCAACCUAUAUCUAGCUGCCCUACUCUGUCAUAGGAGAAGUGCACCGGAGAGACUGAAAAAAAGGUCUUCAGUUAAUUUAUUUUUAAAGGUCAAUAAAAUAAUCCACAAAGAGGUGUGGACUUCUUGUCGACAUUUCUUCACCCGCGGAAAUGACGUGCACUUUUUUUUGGUCCGGGACCUGGACAGUAAAUGCGCUAAUCUGGUUUCAGGUUUUGACUUUUGUCCUCAAAGAGAAAAGUGUACUGUGGAUUCACCACUGAGUGAGAAGAUCCUUGUUCAGAUGCGAGAGACCGCUACUGUGUUCUGCUCAGUAAAAUGGUAUACGAAGAGAAAUGGAGCUCUUGCGCUGGCCCCCAGGUCUCGCACUUACAGCCAGAAGUUCAAAGCACUGCCUGUUGGAGUUUUGUUACUGCCUUGAGUUUGUCAAAUGGAAAUGGGAUGUUUGUGUUAUAAACUGUUGCACACUGUUACGACAGAGCUGAAAGCCUUUUUAAUGUGUUUUAGUACAUUGCAUAUUGUUCUAGCGCUGUUUCCGAUCAGCAUUGCCUGCUUCCCCCUUGUUUUGCUGUCUUUAUAAGUUUACAACCAAAGAAAAGCUUGACAGUGGCGAUAUCGCUCAGAGUAACAGUUGCCGACUACUGUUGUGACUGGCUGCAUAACGAUCAUAGCCAAUGAUUUUGAAAGGAUGUGCUACAUCUCUUUGAGGACGUAUCCUACACCCUGGCUCCUCUGUCACUGGGUAGAUUUCAGCGGUGGUGUCUAGCCCCUCUGUAACUGUAGGGGUGAACACCCACGCCAAGUUUUACAUGCAGGAUGGGGUUAACGAUGCCAGUACUGAGAAGGUCACUGAGCUCAAAUCCAUUAUUGCACAGAUUCUUUUUAAGGAUGUCCUCAGCUAUGCAAUGCACAGAUUCUGAUGACCAGUGUCUAGUUUUCAAUGUUAGCUGGUUGAAGGACUGUACAGUGCUGUUUGCUUUGUGUGGUGCUCUAGUGCAGGCUACACACUACUCAGUCGAUCUCUGGUGCAAGUGCACCAAAAUCCAUAGCCUACUUUAAUUCAAACGCAUAUCUCAUAGCUAGUAUCAUUGUUUGGUCCUAGGCUUUGACUAGUUCAUUGGGUCAGUAGGCUAAGUCAAGUAGCGAAGUAGAACUAGCCUGCAGACGCUGUAGCUAUAGAUCCCUCCGCCCUCUCCAAGCAGCUGCAGGUGUAAGUAGUUCUAAAUCUAACAGCUGAAAUUUUAUUUUCUGUUCUGUCAUCAUAGUACUUUGGUGUUUUCCAAUUUCUCAUAACUGGAGAAGUCUGAACUGCUUUGAGAAGUAUUAUCAGCCAGCGGGUGUUGCCUCUGUAUGAAAAUGGUUUAAAUUAACCACAGUGUUAGCUGUAGAACAUCAACCUCUUUUUGAAAUGUAAGUCCAUUUGUGCGUCUGUAUGAUUGUUACCACAGUAUUUAUUGAAGUUAUAUAUUUUCCAUUUGACAAUAAAGUUCAGUGUACAGUACAAGGUCCA